AUGCACUGCUACGGGGAGAGGUACAAACCCCUGUACCUGCCGGGGCCAGGCUACGGCACCGAGACCGUCCAGCCGUGCCCGGCGCGGGCCGACGGCUGCGGUGGCUCCUGCCACCCCCUGAGCAUCAUCAAGGGCCCGGCGCCCCGCUGGCAGAGCUACCCCCAGCCCCUCACCUACGUGUGCCCCCAGCCCGCCGUGAGCCAGCCCUCGCUGCUGUCGUGCCAGCCCUACGUGCAGAAGUGCCUGCUGCUGUACUCCGAGCCCUGCGAGACCACCCGGCUGCUGCCCAGCGUCAGGUUCAGCCCCGGGCAGAGCUGCCAGCCCUGCGAGACCGCCCGGCCCGACAAGAAACGGGUGGCCAAGAGCCUCCCCCCGUGUGCCCCGCGGUGCCCGGAGCCGGGCACGCUGCGGUUCCCCCCGUGCGGGAUCAGGUACUCGGCGUCGUGCCGGGCCGGGGGAAGGUCCCCCCGCCUGGCCAAGAGCUCCUCGCGCUGGUUCGGCCCCGACCUGCGGCCCCCCGGGCUCCCCGGCGGCUACUCCCUGCCCCUGGGGGGGGUCACCGAGUGCCCCCCGCAGCCCUGCAUCGCCCACUCCCGCCCGCAGGAGUACGCGGGGGGGUUCCCCCAGCACAAGUGCACCAAGGGCUACCCCACCCAGGAGUGCGCGCCCACCCCCUCGGCCGAGCAGCGCCUGGCCAAGAGCCCCCCCGAGCCGCGGGCCACCAAGUGUCCCCCCGGGAAGGGGGUCAAGGAGUGUCCGGCGCAGAAAACGGCCGCCAAAAGCUCGGGGCCACAAGAGGGAGUGAAGGCCAAGGGCUCCUCCGCGCAGCACCUGAGCAAGAGCCGGUGCCUGUACCCGCGGGCCCCCCAUCGCCCCGGGCACCACCACCCCGCGGGGGCAAAGCGCCCCAGCCACCCCAAAAAGAGCCGCUGCGCUUCCAAGUGGAUCUGGUGA